CAGCUCGGGAGCGAACACCUCCUGUGCUACGGCUGUUAACCAACACCUCAAAACAUCGCACCAUCUCUGGACUCUCUCCGUGCGAAUCCGCCAAAAUACGUCUUAUGGCUCUAGCCUCUGUGGAACUCGCUGCAGUUCAAGCGCUGCGAGGGCCAUGGAUCACUCUGUUGACACCGUUGCCGCACUCCGCUCUUCUCCUCAAGCCCAAGAUGCGGGAAGCACAUGCGAUGACUCUGAGUCGGUAAAGCAGAACGCUGCUUAUCCAGACAAAAGCUCGAUAUCCUCUCCUCCACAGCAGUCUCUAACUGAUCAUGUUCUCCAUUUCUGUUCCGCCGCCAGUAACGAAGCUAUCGUUGCUGCUGGCGUUUGUCUAGCAGCUGUGACGGUAAUACUCUUUGGAAGAAUUGGACUGGUUCUGGUUGGUAUUGUCGCCGGCAUUAUAUUGCAUGCUUCCUGGGGAGAUGCCUAUCUGCAAUCUCACGGCGGAGUACCAAGAAGGGAGCUGGCUCGCAGACUUCUUGACUGGCCGAAGAAUGAAUUCGAGGACAAUGAAAUCUCUCAGGAUAUAGCACUAUCACGGCGGAGUUCGCGAGUUGCCGUGGACUACUCUAAGCUUCCCCCGGCGACGGCUGCUGCCUUGAACUCGCUCACAGACGCAAUAAUCAGAGACUAUGUGAAGUAUUGGUAUACGCCAAUUCUCCCAUCGGAAGCAUCGUUCCCAGACUCUUGUCAGAGAACACUGACUGCUUUUAUCUCAUCGAUGUCGUCGCACCUUUCUCGGAAACGACCUACGGACACAUUCUUACAGUUCCUUAUGAAUUCUUCCUCUAUGAUUAUCGUAUUUCUCAGUGAACUCUCCGCAGCGCUAGGUGCAGGGCUGCCCGUCUCAUCCACACCCGAGGAGGCGAUUUCGAACUAUCUCCAACAGAACCCGGACAGCAGCCUAGCCAAUGUUUUGGCUGCGGAACAACAACGGAAGAAACUCAACAUGGUCGCCGAUGAUAUACUAGCGAGCUUUCUUGAUGUUACCGCAUACAGGUGUGAACCUGUAAGGCAUUUCCUCCGGGAGGUCUUCGCUGGCGUCGUCCUAGAGGCAGUUAUCAAAUCCUGUUCGAGCCCUCAGUUCAUCAAUAGCUGGAUAGUAUAUCUCCUCGAGGAGGGAGAACCGGAGCUCAUGAAUGCUAUCGACGCCGGCGUGGAGGGGGCGCGCAAAGAUGGAAAUGUAGCGACUAGUUCAGCCCCUAUUGAUGAGAGAAUCCGGACUACGAGUUCCGAGGGACGAGUUCGCUCUGAAUCACUGCCUUCUUCAAGCUUUAAUCUGGAGACUACUAAAGGAGGCGACGCAACCGCACAGACAACGAAUGGCAGGGCAUAUAAGAGCAUGUCUCUGGCAAUUGAGGAUGUCUCGGAAAGCGCCAAGAAGGACCUGCUCCAUAAUGGCCGAGAUGCACAUUAUACAAUUAAAGACGAAUCGAUUUCUAGACACUCUUCUGACGAUGAUGAUACAAGGGAGCGCGGAGGCGGUGAUGGCAAAGAGAACGCUAUUCCUACUGAGAUUCCACGCGAUGGCUCCGAACAGACUUCGAAUAAGAAAGGUUUCACAGACUUUGACCAACUUCUUCCACAAAAGCUGCCCACGUCUCCCCAGAGUCAGCCAACAGCCCCGCAAGCGGAACUGACCCCCCCAUUAACACUUCACUCUGCUUCGGUGUCGAUAGAUGACCUCUCCGAAUCUGGAGACAAGGGAUCGAUACGCGCCAAACCGAGUGGAGACUAUGCGCUGCAGAUCGAGCCUGCCUCAUCACGCUAUCCAGGAUGGAUAGUCUUCAGAAAAUACAGUGACUUUGAGUCUCUACAUGAGGUUCUCGGUCCGAUCUCUAGGCUCAACCAUAUUCAUGAUUUCGUCGAGAAUCACCCGGCACUGCCUACCUGGAAGGGCAAGACCAAGCAAACUCUCAAACAAGGCUUGGAAAAUUAUCUCCGUGAUGCCCUUCGACACGAGACCCUCGCUGAGAGCGAACGCAUGAGACGGUUCCUUGGGAAAGACCGGAAUCUAGAUGCUGCACCCAAGACUCCUUUGAAAAGCGGUUUCUCUUUUCCUGGACAAACUGCAUUUGAAGGUGUGGGGAAAGGUGUUUUGGAGGUUCUCACGAACGCCCCGAAAGGCGUUGCUGGGAGUAGCAAAUCUGUAUUUGGCGGAGUGACAGGGGUCUUUGGUGUAAGUGGCAACAAGAGGUCUAGCAGCUUGAGCAUUGGGAGGCAAUCUCCGCCUGCUACCUUGCAUCAUGAAGCCGCUGCAAGAUCUGCGGAUGGAAACGUCGACAAAGAUUUGAAAAAAGACAGACACCUCAGUACUCCAAACCUUCCUUCUGAGUCGAACGCGGACAUUGGGCCAAGGACGUCAAUGGAUAGCACCAGAGGCUCGCUCAAGAGCCUGUCCCCUCCAAGUCCAGAAUGCGAUAGUGCCCCAAAUACGCUAUCAGAAUCGGACACGAAACGUGACCAUACUGGUCAGGACACAUUUGAUAGAAACGAAUUAGAGAGGGAGGCACAGACUGUUUCCCUUUCCCGACCCCCGACGGAAAUUCCACGACCCAGUGACGGUGUCUCAGCCUCCAUUGGCUCCUCAGAACCAGAAACUCCUUCGCCGGCCGUUUCUCUGUCGACCGCAGGUGGAGCAAGAUCGAGUCUCUCGCAAGGGCCCACCAAAGCAGACAAGGCAAGUGAGAAAACCAGCUCCCUAUCCUCGGAAGAGGCUCAGAUUGCUGUGGAGCUCAUUUUUGCCGUCAUUAACGAAUUAUAUACGUUGUCUUCGGCGUGGAACUUCAGGAAGACCCUCCUGAACGCCGCUAAAUCAUAUAUUCUGCGGCCUGGGAACCCGAACCUAGAGGCGAUCCGUGCAUUGCUCCAAGAAUCGGUGAUUGAAACGUACACCAAGGAUGAGACACUUGCAGAUCAAAUCAAAAAGCUGCGGGAAAAUUGCCUUCCUACGGAAGAUGAAUUAAAGACAUGGCCACCACCACCAACUGAUAAUGAGCAGGAGAAACUAAGGAAUAACGCGCGCAAACUCCUCGUUGAAAGAGGCAUGCCCCAGGCCCUCGUCAGUGUUAUGGGUGCUGCUGCGACUGGAGAAGCACUUGGAAAGGUUUUUGACUGUCUCCAGAUCGAAGUAGUUGCUCGCGGCUUCGUAUUUGCUCUCUUGCUCCAGGCACUGAAGACAGCUACCCUAUGAGACCAUGCGAAGGGAUUAUCGGAGUUUCAGACUCUUGUCAAUCGUGUUUCGAUGAGCUGCAAACUUCGAGUGACUUGAGACGGUUGACGAUAGAAAAAAGCUUAUCGUAUUAGCAUUAUAUGUACUUACUCUUGGUUACCUUUGGGAUGGCGUGCUUUGGGGAUAAGGGAGCUAUUGUAUACUCUAGCUGUCAUCAUGUACAUAUACCGUUUUAUAUACGUGGGCCGGUUUGGGACCUCGGAGUUGUCCAGGAGCGGGGAUUAUUAUUGUAUGUUCUGAGCUACGGUUAUGUAGCUACAGGAGAUUCAUAAAAUACGUCCAUCUAAGCAAUACAAGUUACUACUAGCUAGCAUUGGUCCUUGAAUAACGCAAAGGAUGUUUACUAGGAAUUUUUUUUGUAUGCAGAGGGAAGAGAGAAAAACACCGACAUUCGAAUUCUUUUUUUUUUUUUAC